ACGCAAGUGCAGACACAGAUAAAAAAAACCCUUCUGCCUUAGGAAGACAACAUUUCAUAACCCUUAACAGUAAUUGAUCGUCGAAACAGUGUAACCACAAGAAAUGAAGAAAAUUCCUCUGAUUCUAAUGGGUUGUGGAGGAGUUGGUCGUCACCUUCUCCAACACAUUGUCUCAUGCCGUUCUCUUCAUUCCACUCAGCAGGGACUCUUCUUGAGUGUUCUGGGAGUUGGUGAUAGUAAGUCUUUGGUAGUUGCGGAGGAUUUGAUGAAUAAGGGGUUGUCUGAUAGCUUCUUGUUAGAACUUUGCCGGGUCAAGCACGGUGGCGAAUCACUAUCAAAACUUCAUGAUUUUGGAGAAUGCCGGGUAUUUGUCCAUCCGGAAUCGCAAGGAAAGAUGCUAGAGAUUGCAUCUCAACUUGGUAAAAAAACAGGUUUGGCCUUUGUAGAUUGCUCUGCUAGCUCUGACACUACUGUGGUGCUAAAACAAGUGGUUGAUAUGGGUUGUUGUGUUGUUAUGGCAAAUAAGAAACCUCUUACAUCUACAAUGGAGGAUUUUAAAAAACUUUUCACGUACCCACGUCGAAUUCGGCACGAGUCAACUGUAGGAGCUGGUCUUCCUGUGAUAGCAUCCCUUAAUCGCAUAAUCUCUUCUGGUGAUCCUGUUCAUCGCAUUAUUGGGAGUUUGAGUGGGACAUUGGGGUAUGUAAUGAGUGAGGUUGAAGAUGGAAAGCCGCUGAGCCAAGUUGUUAGGUCUGCCAAAAGUCUGGGGUACACUGAACCAGAUCCGCGUGAUGACCUUGGUGGAAUGGAUGUCGCUAGAAAGGCUUUAAUUCUUGCUCGAAUACUUGGUCAUCAGAUUAAUCUGGAUAGCAUUCAGAUUGAGAGCUUGUAUCCCGAAGAAAUGGGGCCCGAUGUAAUGACUGUUGAAGACUUCCUAGGCCGUGGUCUCUUGCUGCUAGAUAAAGAUAUUCAAGAGAGAGUUGAGAAGGCAGCUUCAAAUGGAAAUGUGCUGCGCUAUGUCUGCAUAAUUGAGGGCUCAAGGUGUGAAGUUGGUAUUCAAGAGCUUCCUAAGAAUUCUCCCCUAGGAAGGCUAAGAGGAAGUGAUAAUGUGUUGGAAAUAUACACUCGAUGCUAUAGCGACCAACCGCUAGUUAUUCAAGGUGCUGGAGCUGGAAAUGACACUACUGCAGCCGGUGUCCUUGCUGAUAUUGUGGAUAUUCAGGAUUUGUUUCCUUGAGGGGUGUCCAUAUUUCUCCCUACUUGUUUAUGCAGCGCUGCAUACAUUUCAAGUGAAAAUCUGAAGUUGAUGGUGAGUGGAUCUUACCUGCAGACUUCAGGUGGAUGAAUAUUACUAGAUUACUUGAGAUACAUCCUUUCCCACUCAAAGACAUUCUAAUGUCUGUUUUCUUGGGAUCUGUUUAUCUGUUGAUAAUAUGUCAAAAUGUGGGAGGGAGGGAUCUGGUUAAAUCUAAUAACAAGAGCUAUUUCUGGAUGAAGUAGAGAUGGUGUGGAUUAAAUGAAUGAUCACAAGAUGUUCUAAGGGGUGUUUUGGUACUUUCAGAAUUUUGAACCUAGUUGAUGGCGUUC